AUGAAUGAAACAAGGCUUGAAAAGCUCGCCAGACAAAAAAGUGAGCUUGAUGCAGCAUGGGCUGAGCAUGACCGAAAACAGGCUGCAUUAGAGGCAGAGAUUCGACGGCCAGCAAAACAUAUCGAUGUAAUGAGCAACGACGAGUGGAACAGAAUUCGCAAGGCCCAAGAUCUGUAUCAAGUCUUUUAUGAAAAAUAUUACGAAGAUGCGGCUAGGUUUUCCAAAUUCCUCCGUGGGAUGAUUGCCCAAUUCAUCGAAGAAAACAAGCUCCAAUCUCAAGGUGAUGGAAUGGAACGUGAUAUAGACCGUGUGUCUGCAGAACUUUCCGAUGCCCUAAUGGUGUAUUAUUUGAUCGCAACCGACAUGCACUUUUCUGGGAAAGUGAACAUGAGAUCGGAAUGGAAGUGGGUACUCUUGGAGGCAGGUAUUAAAGGGUUUGAGCGACCGGUUAUUAGAGAACCCACCUGUAGUAUCUCUCUUGACUACGGUUCCAGGCCGGUGGACUUAUUGCGCUCAAUUAUGAUGUCCAGAAUACAAUCUGAGAAUGCCGUUGUCUCUGACGAUCAGGUAUUCAAGACAAACGAGGCCCUCUCUGACAAGAAACUAGCCCGUCAGUUUAUUCUUGAUACAAUGCAAGAGAAACUCAAGGAAGACAUAUUGACUGCUUCUCAGAAGACAAUCCUCUCAGGGAUUAUUAACGAGGAAGUGGUCAAGAGUACGUUUGAAGUACUGGUCACUCAAGCCAUGGGUAUAAAUAUGCCCUGGGGUUCAACUGUUGGGAAGAUUACAACACGGAUGUUUUUUCUUAUUCCGGAGAAUUCUGGGCCAAUACCUGAUGUCAUGCCUAUUUAUAAAGACGUGUGCAAGAGCAAAUUGGACCGGUUGACGGAGAUGAUGAAGGGCGUGAACCUUCCUAAUGAUGCGAGAGGUUUUGAUGACAGCUGCUUGUUAGAGAUAUAG